AUGUUUUUUGAACGAUCGGUAUGUUGUUUUAGACCAUUAUUGCAUUGUUUAUUUAGAUUUUUGGGCAAAUGUUUGGAUUCAUCACUGCUAAAGUCUCUCGCAAGAAGAUAGGACAUGAAGAAUGUUUCCGCAGACACCAAGCCAUCACCAAGUACACCUCUUCCAUGGAAAAUGGAUUGGCCUCCUGGCUCCCGCUUCACAUUACUGAUCCCAUACGGCCCUCUUUAGGGCCACAUAUUACACUGGUUAUUUUUUACCCUGUUUUUGAUGUUUUAGGUAAAAAUAAAUAUGUUUAUUCGAAUUGAUCAUAUUUUAGGUGGUUUGCAGCGUAUGAUAAAGGAUUCUCGACGAGUUCUUUCAUGUUUUCGAAUCGUAUUUCCCAAGAUUAA